UCUUUGUGGGGCUUCUUCUAGUUGAAAUACAUUUGAGCAAUUGCACACAAGAAUAGACGUAAAUAAAAAACAACCAUUUCUUAGCUAAAUUUGUGCCAGAGGAAAUCUAUUCCAUGACUGAAACUGUGGACAGUAGUGAUAAUGAUGAAUAUGAUGAGUUAUCGGAUCUACGACAACGCCAAAAACCCGAACCUCAAGUUUCUGUGGAUGAGGCCUUCGAUUUGGAUGAUUUGCUGCCAACAAUUGGUGAAUUUGGCAAAUAUCAAAAACUUUUGGUUUUUGGCAUUUGUUUGCCUGCUUGUAUACCAUGUGGAUUUUGUGCCUUUAAUCAAUUAUUCAUGGCCGAUACGCCAGAUGAUUAUUGGUGUCGUGUGCCUGAAUUGCUUGACUUUGAUGUGGAGCAGCGUAAAUACUUGUCCAUACCCAAGGAACAGGAAAACGAUGACUUUGUUUAUAGCAAAUGCUUUACCUAUGGCGUCAAUUGGACAGAAUUGCUUGAUCCCGAUAAUAUGGAUCACUACUUGACAACACUGGAACCCAAUACAAGCUGGCCAUUGAUUAAAUGCAAUCAAGGCUGGGAAUAUAAUACCAGCACUGUUUGGUCAUCCAUUGUGAUCGAUUUUGAUUUAGUUUGCGAUCAGGAUAUAUAUCCUACAAUUGGUCUGGCGGCACUUAACACUGGUGGUCCAGUGGGAGUUUAUCUAUUUGGCCUACUCAAUGAUCGUGCCGGUCGAAGACUUUCCUAUUUUACCUGCUUAGCCACAUUAUUGGCUGGCAGCUUGAUGACAUCAUUAAGUCGAGAUUUCUGGACAUGGGCCGGUAGUCGAGUAAUUGUGGGACUAACUAUACCAGCUGUGUAUCAAAUACCAUUUAUUAUAUCUCUGGAACUGGUGGGUGAGAAUUAUCGUUCGUUUGUAACCGUGAUGACCUGCACUUUCUAUACUUCGGGCAUUAUGCUGCUCUCGGUGGUGACCUAUCUGGAACGAGAUUGGGUUCGCCUUUCCUAUUAUACAUCUCUGCCAUUCUAUGCAUAUUUCCUAUACAUGUUCUUUAUGCCCGAGUCUCCGCGUUGGCUAUUGAUGCGUGGCCGCUUGGAGGAAGCAUUAAAAAUUCUUGAGAAUAUGGCUCGUGUCAAUGGACGACAAUUUCCAGAGGUGGUGCACAGUAAACUGGAGGCACAGAUUAUUCGAGAUAAGUUGAAGAAGACCAAGAAAAAAAUGGCUAAUGUCGGUCUAAUGGAUCUCUGUCGUACGCCCAAUAUGCGUUUGAAGACAAUAUUGAUAACAUUGAGUUGGUUUGCCAAUGAGACUGUCUAUCUGGGCCUAAGUUACUAUGGCCCAUCAUUGGGUACCAAUCAAUAUGUAAGCUUCUUCUUGUCCGCUGUGGUGGAAUUGCCAAGUUAUCUUUGUUGUUGGUACUUUAUGGACACUUGGGGCAGACGUUGGCCUUUAAGUUUAUCCAUGAUAUUGGGAGGCGUGGCUUGUGUUAUAACCGUGAUGUUACCCGAUGAUGCCGUCGAUGAGACUCUAGUACUUUACCUGAUAUCUAAGGCUCUGCUGUCUGCGUCAUUUCUCAUCAUAUAUCCCUUUGCGGGAGAAUUGUAUCCCACACAAGUACGUGGCAUUGGAAUUGGUGCCUCCAGCUAUAUAGGCGGUUUGGGUCUAAUUGUCAUCCCAUUUGUCACUUAUCUGGGCAAGGAGAAUCUAAAACUGCCCUUAGUCAUAAUGGGUUUCGUUUCCAUGUUGGGUGGCAUGACGGGUCUUCGUUUGCCAGAGACUUUGCAUCAUCGUUUGCCCCAGACCGUGGAGGAGGGCGAGGAGUUUGGCAAGGAUUGGCAACUUAAAGAUUGUUGCUCUUGCAGCAAAAAACCAGAUGUACUGUCGCCACCAACAUCGUAUGAAAAUCUUGAUGUCUUAGCUGGAUCUUCAAAUAAUGCCUCUGAAGUGGAGUUGGAAUUACGUGAUAAUCGUCGCUUGAGGCAACAGACAAGCAGAACGGAUGAGCGUACACCUUUAGACAUGCCAGGAGCCAGUGUAUCGGGUCGUCCAAGUCAUCGUCCAUCGAUGAAACGUCUUGUCCGCCAGAUGAGCAUAAUGGACACACAGAGAAUGCAUGAUGGCACAAUGCAGCUAACGCAUUGGAUUUAAGUGCAGUUGGCACAAAAUGGAAAGUUUAUUGUUUCAACUUUUAAGAAAAAUUAUAAUACGCAAAACAAAAAUAUUAUUUAAAUAGCACUUAUACUUAUUUACCAUUAAAACAUUGAGUGAAACGU